AAGAAGACCGACGACCCCAACUUCCAGCCGGUAUAGACCCGUGACCGCCUUCCUCUCCACUCCUCUUUCUUGCCGCGCAAGAACGAGCGCCGGUUUUAUCUACCGCGGCCGCCGCCUGCAGGCCAGUCCGUUCACGUUCCUGCUUUUCCCCUGUCCUGCGGUUUUGGCCUUUUUGCCCCCGGCUUCCUGGCGGCAACGAAACAACCAGUCGGUUCGGUCGAUGCUUCGCGAGUUGGAAUUGGACGCCGGCCGACCCGCUGCUCAAUCCGUCGAGUUCGACAUGGCUACUCCCUUGGUUGCUGGGUUGUCAGUGGCUGCCGCUGCAUUAAGCGGAAGAUACAUGAUUAGAGCAUGGCAAGCCUUCCGGACCCAGGCGGCAAUGCCGCGGGUGCGCCGCUUCUACCCUGGUGGAUUCCAGGGGGAAAUGAAUCGAAGGGAAGCUGCAUUGAUCCUCGGCGUCAGAGAACGUGCUACAGUGGACAAGAUCAAGGAGGCUCACAGGAGGGUCAUGGUAGCUAACCACCCUGAUGCUGGUGGCAGCCAUUACGUCGCUUCCAAGAUCAACGAGGCAAAGGACAUGCUGAUGGGAAAAGGGAAGUCCGGGUCUUCGAUCUUUUAGCUGACACAAAGCUCAUUCUGCUGUGGCGUGAUCAGGCUGUAGCUUUUUCAAGGGACUGACAGUUGCACGUUUCAAAUUUCUUAACAAUGCUCUGCUGCUUGUACCAUAUAUCAUAAAGGAUACAGAUACAGAUACAGAAUUGAAUCAACUUAUUAUCUGGGUCUUAAGUUAUUGUUUGGCCUGAUUGGAAAUA